GAAGACGGCAAUGACAUCAGAGACUGUAGCACGCAGCACGGCGACACCUCAGAGAGUCUGGGUGUGGACGCCCCUGGCUCCUCCCACAUGGCCAGUCACAACGGGGAGCUGCGGAUCCUGAGCGUCUACGGAAAAGGGGAGGGCCCACUGGCGGUGGACGGCCAUGACGCCCUCUUCACCACGUCAGAACCGGAGGCCUUGAGCUCGCUGUCCGUGGACCGCAGCGUGGCCAAGGGCCUGAACUGCAGCGUGUGGUUGGUCCGCCUUGAGGAGCUGACUGGGCAUCAGGGCCGCCGCAAGGGCCGGCCCGGGGUCUUGUGUGGCAAGGUUUUUCCCAAUAAUGACAAUAUGAUCGUUCACAUGAGGACAAAACCCAACGAGAAGCCGUACGGGUGUGACCAAUGCACGAAGAGCUUCAUUGGGAAAGUACACUUGGAGAUCCACAUGAGGACUCACACCGGAGAGAAGCCCUACAAGUGUGACCAAUGCGCAAAGUGCUUCAGUCAAAGUGGACACCUGAAGAGCCACAUGAGGACUCACACCGGCGAGAAACCCUACAAGUGCGACCAAUGCAUGAAGCUCUUCAGUCUGAACUGUCACUUGAAGAGCCACAUGAGGAAUCACACCGGGGAGAAGCCCUACAGGUGCGACCAAUGCAUGAAGCUCUUCAAAUCGAAAACGCACUUGAAGAGCCACAUGUGGACUCACACCGGGGAGAAGCCCUGCAAGCCCUACAAGUGUGACCAUUGCGCAAAGGGCUUUGGACAAACAGCCGCCCUUCAGAUCCACAUUAGGACUCACACCGGGGAAAAGCCCUACAAGUGUGACCAUUGCGCAAAGCGCUUCAGACAGACAAGCCAGCUUACGGGCCACAUGAGGACUCACACCGGGGAGAAGCCCUACAAGUGUGACCAUUGCGCAAAGGGCUUUGGACAUUCAAGCCAUCUUAAGAACCACAUGAGGACUCACACCGGCGAAAUGCCCUACAAGUGUGACCAAUGCACGAAGAGCUUCGGACAGACAAGCCAUCUUAAGAGCCACAUGAGGACUCACACCGGCGAAAUGCCCUACAAGUGUGACCAUUGCGCAAAGAGCUUCGGACAGCCAAGCCAUCUUAAGAGCCACAUGAGGACUCACACCGGCGAAAUGCCCUACAAGUGUGACCAUUGCGCAAAGAGCUUCGGAUAUUCAAGCCAGCUUAAGAGGCACAUGUGGACUCACACCGGCGAGAUGCCCUACAAGUGUGACCAAUGCGCAAAGCGCUUCGUACAGACAAGCCAGCUUAAGAGCCACAUGUGGACUCACACCGGGGAGAAGCCCUACAAGUGUGACCAAUGCGCAAAGCGCUUCGAACAGACAAGCACCCUUCAGAUCCACAUGAGGACUCACACCGGGGAGAAGCCCUUCAAGUGUGACCGAUGCGCAAAGCGCUUCAGACAAAGAGGCAGCCUGAAUGUCCACAUGAGGACUCACACCGGGGAGAAGCCCUACAAGUGUGACCAAUGCACGGAGCGCUUCAUUUAUAAAGCCUGCCUGAAGAGCCACAUGAAGACUCACACCGGAGAGAAGCCCUACAGGUGUGACCAAUGCACGAAGAGCUUCAGUCAGAGCUGCUAUCUGAAGAGCCACAUGAGGACUCACACCGGGGAGAAGCCCUACAGGUGCGACCAAUGCACGAAGCGCUUCAGUGGGAAAGUAAACUUGGAGAUCCACAUGAGGACUCACACCAGAGAGAAGCCCUACAAGUGUGACCAAUGCGCAAAGUGCUUCAGUCAAAGUGGACACCUGAAGAGACACAUGAGGACUCACACCGGCGAGAAACCCUACAAGUGCGACCAAUGCAUGAAGCUCUUCAGUCUGAAAUUUCACCUGAAGAUCCACAUGAGGACUCACACCGGGGAGAAGCCCUACAGGUGCGACCAAUGCAUGAAGCUCUUCAUAUCGAAAACGCACUUGAAGAGCCACAUGUGGACUCACACCGGGGAGAAGCCCUACAGGUGCGACCAAUACAUGAAGCUCUUCAUAUCGAAAACGCACUUGAAGAGCCACAUGUGGACUCACACCGGGGAGAAGCCCUGCAAGCCCUACAAGUGUGACCAUUGCGCAAAGCGCUUCAGACAGACAAGCCAGCUUACGGGCCACAUGAGGACUCACACCGGCGAGAUGCCCUACAAGUGUGACCAAUGCGCAGAGCGCUUCAGAGAGUCAAGGCAGCUUAAGAGUCACAUGUGGACUCACACCGGCGAGAUGCCCUACAAGUGUGACCAAUGCGCAAAGCGCUUCUUAACGACAAGUCACCUUAAGACCCACAUGUUGACUCACACCAGGGAGAAGCCCUACAAGUGUGACCAAUGCGCUUUGAACAGACGAGUACCCUUCAGAUCCAGAUCCACAUGAGGUCUCACACCGGGGAGAAGCCCUUCAAGUGUGACCAAUGCGCAAAGCGCUUCAGACAGAGAGGCAGCCUGAAGAGACACAUGAGGACUCACACCGGCGAGAAGCCCUACAAGUGUGAACAAAUGCACGAAGCUCUUCAGUCA